CAAGUAUUCAAAAGUCUCAAAAUCUAGAUCCCCUCAACACAACACUCAACACUCAAAGCUCUUCGCAUUCAGCCAUUCACCAUGUUCAAUCCCCUCCAACGUGUCCCACUCCUCUUGUUCUUCCUCGCACUCUCCACUAUCUCUGCCGCCGAAUCAGACACACCCAUUUCCCGUUUCCAAAAUUACCUCAGAAUCAACACUGCCCACCCUAAUCCAAACUACACUUCUCCCAUCACUUACCUCAUCAACUUCGCCAACUCUAUCCCAAACCUCCACUCCAAAGUCCUCCACCUAACCCCCACCAUACCCCUCCUAUUAUUAACCUGGCCCGGUACCUCCACCCCUUCACUCCCCUCCAUUCUUUUCAACUCCCAUCUCGACUCCGUCCCCGCCGAGCCCGAAAAGUGGACCCACCCACCCUUUUCAGCUCACAAAACUUCCGAUGGAAGAAUCUUUGCACGUGGGGCCCAGGACGAUAAGUGUAUUGGCAUGCAGUAUUUGGAGGCAAUCAAAACGAUACAGAGCAAAGAUCCUGACUUUAAACCUUUAAGAAAUGUUCAUAUUUUAUACGUGCCCGAGGAGGAGGUGGGUGGGUUUGAUGGGAUGGGGAAGUUUGUGGAGACUAAAGAGUUUAAAGAGUUAAAUGUUGGGUUUGUGAUGGAUGAGGGACAGGCUUCAACUAAUGAUGAGUUUAGGGUGUUUUAUGCUGAUAGGACACCUUGGCAUAUGGUGAUUAAGGCUGUUGGAACACCUGGACAUGGCUCUAGAUUGUAUGAUAAUACUGCUAUGGAGAAUUUGAUGAAAAGUAUUGAGGUUAUUACUAAGUUUAGGGAGUCUAAGUUUGAUAUAGUCAAGGCUGGAUUGGCUGCUAAUUCUGAAGUCAUUUCUGUGAAUCCAGUGUUUCUCAAGGCUGGAAUUCCUUCCCCAACUGGAUUUGUAAUGAACAUGCAACCCUCUGAAGCUGAGGCAGGAUUUGAUAUUAGGAUGCCACCAACGGCUGAUCCACAACUUAUGAGGAAGAUAAUUGAAGAGCAAUGGGCACCAGCUUGGAGGAACAUGACAUAUGAGAUAACCGAGAAAGGAUUCCUGAGGGACAACAUGGGAUGUCCUUUGAUGACACUCACUUCCGACUCCAACCCUUGGUGGUCUGUUUUUAAUGAAGCUGUUACUAGAGCUGGGGGAAAGCUCUCCAAGCCUGAAAUAUUAGCGUCGACAACUGAUGCUCGAUUCAUGAGACGACUGGGAAUUCCCACCUUUGGUUUCUCCCCUAUGAAGAACACCCCCAUAUUACUGCAUGACCACAAUGAGUUCCUCAAGGAUACUGUUUACUUGGAGGGGAUUAAGGUCUAUGAAUCCAUAAUAAAGUCAUUAAGCUCCUUUGAGGGAUCUUAUGAACACCGGUGUAAUGCAGUUUCUCAACAAUGAAGUUUUUGAAAACUUGUUUUGCAGGGGAGUCACUCUUGUGGAAAAAGAUGAUUUGUACAUACGUUAUGGUUGUAUAACAUCACUUGCAAAGGUAAUAAUAUCAUCUAGAGAAAAGAAGAGCUGUUUUACACUUGGGCUCGUGUAAAUGUAAGAUUACACCACUUGCAAUAAAUUAUAUUUGACAAAGCGUGCAGACUAUUCUUCUUUGAAGCUUCCACCAUUAAUCUCUAAUUUAGAAGCCCAUCUGGAGUUUGGUCCGUCGAUCUUUAAACCUAUGUCAAAUAAUGUAUUACUACUAAAUUUGCAGAAAUUAUCCUGCAGUUUAUAGGUUUGUAAUAUCUUGAUCUGGUGACAUGUAUUUUGUACAAACAGUAUGCACAGUGACAAUAAGUCCUACUGAAGUUUAAUGGUUGUAUCAUCUUAAUCAGGAUACUCCAUCUAUUUCUUUCGUAUACAAAUUUUAGAAUUUAGGUCUUAA